AUGGAAUCUGGAGAGCGAAACGCGAAAUUGGAAGCAAUUUUCUGCAACAAUGAAAUUGUAAAUUCGGAUACUAAAGCAAGUACUGAUGAAACAGAAGCGACUGUUGAACAUGGUCCUCAACUAGGAAAGAAAGCAUAUUAUGAGAAGUCCUCAAAGAGGACAAAUUGUCCUGCUAGGUUAAGUGUAAUUCUAAGACCUAAGGGAAAGUGGCAGGUUACAAAAAUUCAGACAAAUCACAAUCAUGAUUUGGAUCCAUCAAUGUGUAGGCUCAUGGAAGGGCACAUGAAUUUGAAUCAUGAAGUGAGGAUAAAUCUAGAAGCUAAUGAUAUUGUUGGGAUCAGGCCUUGCAAAAGCAAUAGGUUGCUUGAAGUCCAAUCUGGUGGGCCAGAGAAUCUAACACGUUUGCCAAAGGAUUGUCGCAAUUUCAUUGAAGAAAAAGGAGGCCGAGACUCGGUGAAGUUGAAGCUGAGUCAAUCCACCAAUUAUUCUUGA